CUUUCCUCCUUGCUGGUAGCAUUCCUCAUCCGAGUGAGACGUGAUGUUGCGCUUGGAGCACCACGUGGUAGCUCCGGCGGGCUUCGUUCUCUUCUUCGCCCUGUUCUUGAUCUUGGGGCAGUUCCUCCUGAUGUGCCCCGGCUCGUAGCAGCUGUGGCAGAUGAUGUCAGACGCGGUCGAUGCCGUGGCAAAUUCUCGACCACCUAUGCGUCCCUUCCAUCCCUUGCGCGAUUGUUCGUCCGAGAAGAUGUUGCGCAUGGUGGAUUGCAUGUCCAGGGCGUUGAAGGUUGGGUCCCUGACCACCAUCAGUUUGAAGCCCUUAUAUUCGUCGGAAAAGCCCUGUACGCAGAUGUUCUUGAAGCGGCGGUCAGAGAUGGGUUCUCCCAUCUUAUCCAGGUGGGCGCGAAGUAGGUGCUUCUGGUUGAAGUAGUCGUCGGGAUUUUCACCAGGGUUCAUGGGCUUGUUCUCCAGCUCCUCCAUCUUGGCCCUGAUGACCUCGUCCGUUACCCUGUCAUAGUUGUUGCAGAGCUCCUCGAAGGCAGCUUGUCCGUCGCCGCUGAUGCCAGUGUCGUCUUCGUGCUUCUGUAUAGACAAGGCGGCUCGAAGUUCCACUAGGAGGAAAAGAAUGGCGUAGAGAUCUUCGUUUGCCCUUGUGUAGGAGUCGAAGGCCGCUGUGUCUGCGGGAUCUGGCUUCCUUUGUUUCUUCAGCAGUGGCAGGAUGUCCUUCCUGGUCACACCUAACACCACGCAGAAUUUCUUCAUCCAUGUCUUGAACUCAGCUGGGUCCUUUCCGUCGAAUUUCUUGAGGCCUUUGAUCACGGUUGCCAGGUUCGUAGAACUAUCGCUGGCGAACGCGCUUCCACCUCCUGUGUUGCUCGUUGCAGUAUCCAUUGCUCGUUCCAGCUUUAUUUUCUUCGUCUUGAUAAAAGUACUUCCUGCUGUAGGAGUAAGUUUGCUCGUGGUACUACUGCCUGUACCCGAGACUUCCCCACCCCGUUCCUGCUACUGAUAUAGAGGACUCCGGUUGUGGUUUUCUUGUUUCCGAUCCC